ACCAAGCUCAUUUAAAAUCUGAACCCUCUGUUUUAGACCAGUCUCUAGCAAUGGCGGAAGAGGCAGGGGAAGAGACAAAAGGGUUGGGAUUUUGUUCAGUGGAGAAGAUGUGGAAGUGGGAGAGCCGCCUCAUGGACGACACGUGGCGAAAUGGGAGCCUUGAUCUGAUAAAGCUAAAAGAAAACGGAGCCAUCUGACUCAGGCGCACUCCUGCUUGGCAGCAAGAAAAAUGGAGAUGAUUGGCCAGGCUGCUGCUCUGCUUCAUCUUCCACAUCCGCCAUCUUCUUCUUCCACCUCCAGAAUCCCAAUCCCAAACCGCCCACCAACUUUAGCAGCCGAAAACCCUAAAAUUCCAUCACUCUCCAAUCAUCUCCUCUCCUUGGCCAUCGCCCUCACCUUAAAUUCUCCAUUGUUGCCCUGUAAUGCCAUUCCAUCUCUCAACAACAACACUCCUAAUUCCCUCUCUCCCACCACUCCCUUCUCCCAGUCCAAGAACCUCCAAGUUGGCCUCCUCGACGGAAAGAUCAGACCUUGCCCAUCAACUAACCCUGGCUGCGUAUCAACAAAUCCAAAAUCAUCAUCUUUUUCAUUCCCCUGGACUAUCCCUGAUGCUGCUGACAGUACUCCCGCCACAGAGGAAUUCGCAGUCAAGAAACUUGAGCAAGCAAUCCAGCUGACCCAGAAGAAUCCCAAGAUUCGAGUCACUGAAAAUACCCCUUAUGCAGGGCGGUAUUUGGAGGCAGAGGUGGAUGGGUUCUUUGGGACAAGGGACAUUUUGGAAUUCCUGGUGAAAGGGGUUGUGGUGACUUACAGAUGUGUGGCCACAAAGGUGACCUUUGUUUAUCCAUUCACCACCGCCAUAGGGGACUCUAAGGGACAGCAAGAACGCCUCGACCAAAUUAUUGACCAACUCGGCUGGUUUUCUCCUAGUUUUGACUCCAUGGGUUAAGCUUAACUAAUCAGCUCCUGUCUACUAGCAAAUUUUAAGCUCUGUGAGUUUGCUGUUUUUGGAAUUUUCCAAAUUGGAGCUUUCUCCGUUUCCCAACCUCCUGGUGAUGACGCUGUAGAUCCUUUUUCUGUUGAAGAAGAAACUUCAGGGACUUGCAAUUUUGUCAUACUGAAUGUCAUAGGAAUGAAGGUUCUCGAGCUGUGCUUUCUGCAGGUUGAUGUUAUAUUGUUCCAU